GAAGACUCGAGCAGACAAAAUCGGCAAUCACCUCUUUUUCUCCUCCAUCGAGGACGCCAUCAUCGACUACUACGACUUCGAAAAAAAAAAGAUGAUGUCCACGACUCAGCGACCUAGAUGUAAAACAUUAGUGCUCGAUGCCGGUCCAUUACUUUCCCUCUCUCCUCUACGCGGUCUAGCCGAAACAUAUGUCACUGUUCCUCAAGUGCUUGCUGAAUUGAAGGAUAAAAAUGCAAAAGAACAUUUGGAACGCUUAGGAUUGAACUUUGGAAUAAAGAUUGAAGUUAAGAAUCCCAAUCCUGCCAGUAUCGCCUCAGUCAUACAGUGGGCGAAGAAAACAGGGGAUUAUUCUGUUUUAUCGCAUCCUGAUAUAUGUGUACUCGCAUUGACUCACACACUUAACGAAGAGGCACAAGCAAGAAAAGAAGAAGAUUCAGGGGCGACCCAGAAUUUGGAAGGAAACGAGACUCUCAUUGCAGAUGCCUCAGAAUUAACCACACCAUUGGACGGGCAAGAGAGAUCGUCAAGCGAAAAACUAGACUGUUCACCCAUUUCAGAUACGGAACCCUCAAAGUUGGGCUCAUCGGCAGAGGACCAGGAGGACCAGGAACCUUUCGAUGUGGAGCUACACCCUGUAGAAAACGAUGACACGUCUUCGACUCCUCAUUCCAAGGAACAAAUUUCCCAAUCCACAGUGCAUAAUUCCAACACACCUCUGUAUGAAGAUCCAUUGGACUUUGAUGAUGGUGAAGGGGAGUGGAUAACACCGACUAAUGUCGGACUGCACAAAUCCCGUGCCUUAGAGCUUUUGCCGUCAGAUGGCGGAAACAAGGGAAAAGGCAAAACAAAAGACGAGGUCAUUUCUGUGGGGUGCAUGACCGCCGAUUUCGCGAUGCAAAACGUACUUCUGCAGAUGGAUCUCACUCUGGUGGGCACUGAAGGAAAGAGAAUACAGAGGGUGAAAACUUGGGUGCUAAGAUGUCAUGCUUGCUUCAAGAUAUGUAAGGAUUCGUCAAAGAAAUUCUGUCCAUCCUGUGGUAAUCCUUCGCUACUUCGAGCGUCGGUGACACUAUCAGCUCCCAAUGUCGACUCCGACGCGCCGGCAAUGCAGGUGCAUCUAAAACCCAAUUUCCAGUACAACAUACGAGGAACAAAAUAUUCGAUACCUGCUCCAAAGCCUGGUUCAGCGAAGACUGGGACUGGCGAAGGGCUCAUUCUACGAGAAGACCAAUCUGAGUAUCUGAGAGCACAGAAGCGUGCGGAGAGCAAACGAGAACGAGAAGAAGCGAAGAUGAUGAAGGGGUUCCUUUCUAAGGGUGUCGAUGGUGGUUCAGUAGCUGUGGGUAGUUGGAUGGAUCCAGAUUGGGUUCCUGAAAUCAUGUCUGCAAGUUCUGGAGGCAAAGGACGGAGCACAAGGGGAGCUAAUGAGAUGCCCGUAGUAGGAUACGGAAGAAAAAAUCCUAAUGAAAGGCGUAAACACAAGAAGUAGACUUACACUCGCUUUCCCCUACUUGAUGAAUGCACGAGGGUCCUGUUCCGAGCGAAACACUGACACUUCAUUUAGCGAUGAUACAUCGAUGCACUCUAUGUGAUGCAAACGUUUCGAAGAUAGAUUUAUUGGCCAAGACUCCGAUUCAUGAAUCGUCUCUUUUGGAACGACAUCCACCACUUGCUGGGUAUAUCUCCGUCACCAUACAGAAUAACGAUUAACCUCUCCGACAACUCUUGCCUGACUUGAGUAAGAUAGGACCGCAGAUAGUCUAACAGAUGAUGUGACGAAAUGGUCGUCCACGAGCGUGAUUACGACUCACCAGCAUCGGCGCGGCUUGAAGGCGCAGCGUAGUGUGCGUUCAGCGCAAAGUUAGCAUCUCCUGGUAUGGCGAAACUGUCCACCGAUAACGUGUUCAAGUGUUUCCUAGCCUCGAUUUUACCGGGUGUCGUUUUUGCGCUUCCGAUCUUGGCUAAACAGUCGGAAAUGAAGAGUAUGAGGACAAUAAGUGUGCGAUCUGCUGGUCCUUUGAUUUCGAAAUUGCGAAAUAGAGAGUUUGCGCGAAAGAGGUCGAGAGUUUCGUCUAUAAUAUCUGGCUGUUCUGGGUCGG